CCAAAAAGGCGGCACAAACCCAAAUCGACAAAAGACGCCACGGUGACCCAGGCGCCCCUCCGAGGAAGACGACGACGGCUGCCUGCCUAGCCAAAGCGAGAAGCCCACGAGCUCGCGGCAAACCAACCUCGUGCUCGCCCAAACCCUAGCCGCCGCCCCGCACCUACCUACCCCGGGGCUCCGCCGCCGCAAUGUCGUCGUCGUCGAGGCCGGGGCGGGCCAGCAUCUCCCCGUUCCGAUCCCGCCGCACGUCGGCGGCGGGGGGCGGGGCGGGGGUGGCGGCGGCGGCGCAUCCUCCUCCGGCGAGGACGUCGUCGGGGGGGCGACCCUCGACGCCUUCCUCCUCCUCCUCCGCCGCCGGCGGUGGCCGGCCCACUACCCCGUCGUCGUCGUCCGCCGGUGGCCGGCCCACCACCCCCUCCGCGGCGUUCGCGCGGUCCACCACCCCGUCCUCCGGGAGGCCGACGACGCCCUCGUCGGCCUCCUCGAGGGCGGCCGGGAGGGCGCCGCCCGUCGCGGCGGUGGACGCGGCCAAUGCCAAGGAGAACAUCAUGGUCACCGUCCGCUUCCGGCCCCUCAGUCCUAGAGAGAUCAACAAGGGGGACGAGGUGGCGUGGUACGCCAACGGCGACAACAUGGUGCGCAACGAGUACAAUCCGAGUAUCGCCUAUGCUUUUGAUAAAGUUUUUGGCCCUGCUACUACUACUCGUCAUGUAUAUGAUAUUGCUGCUCAGCAUGUUGUAAGUGGUGCUAUGGAAGGAAUCAAUGGCACUGUUUUUGCGUAUGGUGUAACUAGUAGCGGUAAAACUCACACCAUGCAUGGGGAACAAAAAUCACCUGGAAUUAUCCCAUUGGCAGUGAAGGAUGUUUUCAGCAUUAUUCAAGAUACACCUGGACGAGAAUUUCUUCUACGAGUUUCAUAUCUUGAAAUAUACAAUGAGGUUAUCAACGAUUUACUUGAUCCAAUUGGACAAAAUCUCAGAAUUCGAGAAGAUGCACAGGGAACUUAUGUGGAAGGGAUAAAAGAAGAGGUUGUUUUAUCACCUGCACAUGCACUCUCUCUAAUAGCAUCUGGCGAAGAGCAUAGACAUGUUGGCUCAAACAACUUCAAUCUUGUCAGCAGUCGGAGCCAUACUAUCUUCACAUUGACUAUUGAGAGUAGCCCCUCUGGUGAGAAUGAUGAAGGAGAAGUCAAAUUGUCUCAGUUGAAUUUGAUUGAUCUUGCUGGGUCUGAGAGUUCCAAGACUGAAACAACUGGAUUACGACGCAAAGAAGGUUCAUACAUAAACAAAAGUCUGCUCACCCUUGGAACUGUAAUUGCUAAACUUACAGAUGGUAAGGCUACCCAUAUUCCUUAUAGAGACUCAAAGCUCACACGCUUACUUCAGUCCUCUCUUAGUGGGCAUGGGCGCAUUUCUCUUAUUUGCACAGUUACCCCUGCUUCCAGCAACAGUGAAGAGACACAUAAUACAUUAAAAUUUGCCCACAGGAGCAAGCAUAUAGAAAUAAAGGCUUCUCAAAAUAAGAUAAUUGAUGAGAAGUCUUUGAUAAAGAAGUAUCAAAAAGAGAUAACCUGCUUGAAAGAAGAGCUGCAGCAACUAAGACGUGGUAUGAUGGGUAAUGGGUACAUUCCUCCAACAGAUCAAGAGGAUCUUGUUAGCUUAAAACUGCAGCUUGAAGCUGGUCAAGUGAAACUCCAGUCAAGGCUAGAAGAGGAGGAAGAAGCAAAAGCUGCAUUGAUGGGUAGAAUUCAGAGGUUAACAAAAUUGAUAUUGGUAUCAACGAAAAGUUCCAUAUCCUCAAAUGUUUCAGGAAAGGCUAGCCUCCGUCGACGGCAUUCAUUUGGGGAAGAUGAGCUUGCUUAUUUGCCUGAUCGGAAGCGGGAGUACUCCAUGGAGGAUGAUGAUGUUAGUCUCGAUUCAGAGUUUUCUGUUGAAGGAAAACUUGAUUCUAACAAUCCUGAUGAGUCACUGAGGUUUGAUAGAAGGAAUCGCAGACGGGGAAUGCUUGGUUGGUUCAAACUAAAGAAGUCAGAUCAACUGUCAGGACUGUCGACUAGUGUAGACAGUGAAAGCACAGCCAGCGGCUCACCUUCCUUUUCUAGAUCAUCGCAACAAAAACACCCGCUUCUUGACCUGAAGGAUGGUCGAAGAAAAUCUAUGACUAGGAAAGGAGAUGACCCAGCACUUACUGAUUCUUUUCCAGGGAGGACUCAAGCAGGUGAUUUAUUUAGUGCUGCAUCUAGAGCACGGCACCAUCUUCCGAGUGGAACAACUAUCGUGGAUCAAAUUGAUCUUCUUCAAGAGCAGGUUAAAAUGCUGGCUGGGGAAGUUGCACUUUGUACAAGCUCACUCAAAAGGUUGUCAGAGCAAGCUGCAAACAAUCCUGAUGAUUCACAAAUUCAGGAACAAAUUGAAAAAUUGAAAAAUGAAAUUGACGAAAAGAAAUCGCAUAUACGUGUGCUGGAGCAGCGUAUGGCGCAAUCAUUGGAAACUACCGAAGACCCAGCUAUUAGGACUGAAAUGUCCCAGACCUUUUCAAAGUUAAGCACACAAUUGAGCGAGAAGACAUUUGAGUUGGAGAUCAUGUCUGCAGAUAAUAGAAUUCUUCAGGACCAGCUACAAGCAAAGGUAUCAGAAAAUGCAGAACUCGUAGAAACAGUUGCUCAACUGAGGCAAGAAAUUGAUAAUCUGUUGAAGACUGCCAAAAACGAGGAUAAUGUGGCUAGUAUGCAGUCAAGUGAGCCAUCAAGUACAAGCAGCAAUCCUAGGGAUCUGGCAAAUGAAGUUGCAAGUCAUUCAAAAAUGCCCUCUAGAACAACUGAAGAUCAUACGGAGUCACCACUGAAAUCUCAAGUGCUCUUGCAGGCUGCAGAAAUCGAGAAUUUGAAGCUAGACAAGCUGAGGUUGGCAGAAGAGAAAGAUGGGCUGGAAAUUCACAGUCAAAAGCUGGCUGAAGAAUCAUCCUAUGCUAAAGAAUUGGCAGCUGCCGCUGCAGUUGAACUAAAGAACUUGGCAGAAGAAGUUACGAGGCUUUCUUAUGAAAAUGCAAAGCUGAAUGCAGAUUUAGCUGCAGCAAAAGAUCAAACAAGGAGCAGUAUCCAGAGUGACACAAAACGCCGUGAUCAGGAGAAUGGAAUCUUUGUAGAGGAGCUGCAGAAAGAGUUGGUUGCUAGCUGUCAGAGGGAGGCUGUGUUAGAGGACACAUUGUCCCAAAGGGCCCGAAGAGAGAGUGAACUUCUAAAGGUUAUUGAAGAUGCAAAAUGCCAUGAGCAUGAUUUGGAAAAUGAACUGGCAAACAUGUGGAUGCUUGUUGCAGAGUUAAAGAAAGAAAAUUCUCAGGAGGACUUGUUCCAAUUCAAGGCAACACAAAAUGGCUAUCAUUCAUCGAAGAGUGAUACUGGCAGGAUGAUGAGUGGAAUGGAAGCUUCAGAUAAUAGGAACUGGGAUGGUGUCAGUGUCAGCACUUAUGAAGAAGCAAAAGCGGCAUACAAUGUUCAAAGAAGGCGCUGCAAAGAGUUGGAAGGCAUUGUUUCCAGAUUGAAGGGCGAGGAUCUAAGAGGCUUAGAUGUCAAAGUCCUGGAAGAGUUACAAAAUUUUCAUGUAGAAGCGUUGUCAAAGAUUUGCCAAGAAAAGAUGGCAAAUCAGGUGCUAUAGCAGGGCGAGGUCACAGCUUUGCAGUUGCCCUCCAAUUCAUCAGCUGACGUUGAUCCAUUCACACCACACCACACAAUACUCCAGCAGCCGAAGCAGCACUGACGAUUCUAGUACAACGGAGUUUAAGCAAUCUCAUGGAAGUGGAAUGUGGUUAUGCCUUCUGACUGUCAGCCCUGGUGCUAAUCCGCAGUAUGCUGCCCCCUUCUUGUACAGCUUCAUUUGACUUAGGAAGAUCGUAGCACGGUUACUGUAUUUACUUAGGGACUUAGGUACGAUUGACGCCCAAGGCGUGUAGCCAAGCCGUACAUCUCCUUGUGGAGACAGCCGAACGGACUGUACCGUGGUUUUUUUUCGCGUACACUCGUAGUUGUAGCCUGUAGCAAAGCUGCAGUUUAGUACUAGUACUAGUAGUCGUCUUGGUGUUUAUUUGAUGUUUAAAUAGCGUAUGCAUAUAUAUACCUGACGCUGUACUUUAUUGAA